UUAAAACCCUGUUGACCUUCGGAAACUGUCUGCGCUGCUUUUCUCCGAUCUAUCUUCAGGGAGGGAGAAUCAACCACAAAAAAUCUUUAGGUGAAACCUCCAUUUAUAUUUUUGGAUUUUCAUUCCGUAUGUUUUAAUCUUUGGAUUGGGUUACCGGUUGAAGAAUCUGUCCUUGUCGUGAAAACUUCAAUCCUGGUUUGUUGACAUUUUGUAAUGGGUGGAAUUCAUAUAAUGAUUUUAUCUUUUUGAAUAAAGUUGAAUCUUUUCUUUACAGAUGAAUAUUUAAAGGUGGGUUUAUAUAAGUCUAAUUGUGUAAGAUUCUAAUGACGCCGUUUCUACUUCAAUUUUGUUCAUAUUGAUCUUGAAGUUUAACAUUUCGCUUUGUGCUAGAGCUUCUUCUGCCGAGGGUGAAGCAGAAAAGAACAAGAACCAGGGCUACCAGUCUUGACUGUUUCUAAGGAUGAAGAAUAUCGAGCGCCUGGCGAAUAUACUUUUAACAGGUUUGACACUGGCUCCACUGGUGGUAAAUGUAGAUCCAAAUCUAAAUGUAAUUUUGACAGCUAGCCUGACAGUGUAUGUUGGUUGCUACCGAUCUGUUAAACCAACUCCACCUUCAGAAUCAAUGUCCAGUGAACAUGCAAUGCGGUUUCCCUUGGUUGGGAGUGCAAUGUUGUUGUCACUGUUCUUGCUUUUUAAGUUCCUAUCUAAAGACCUGGUUAAUGCUGUUCUGACAUGUUACUUCUUCGUCCUCGGCAUUGCAGCUCUUUCAGCAACACUGUUACCUGAAAUUAAACAUUUCUUGCCAACAAAGUGGAACGAUGAUCACAUUGUAUGGCGUUUUCCAUAUUUUCACUCUUUGGAUGUUGAGUUCACAAGGUCUCAGAUUGUAGCUGCAAUUCCUGGAACUAUUUUCUGUGUAUGGUACGCAAAGCAAAAGCAUUGGCUAGCAAACAACAUAUUGGGGCUUGCAUUCUGCAUCCAGGGCAUAGAAAUGCUUUCUCUUGGUUCAUUCAAGACUGGCGCCAUCCUUUUGGCUGGACUUUUCGUAUAUGACAUUUUCUGGGUCUUUUUUACCCCAGUGAUGGUUAGUGUUGCAAAGUCCUUUGAUGCUCCUAUCAAGCUUUUGUUCCCGACUGCAGAUUCUCAACGUCCAUUUUCAAUGCUGGGCCUUGGGGAUAUUGUUAUACCUGGAAUCUUUGUCGCAUUGGCACUCCGCUUUGACGUCUCCAGAGGAAGGUCAAGCCAAUACUUCACAAGCUCAUUCAUAGGCUACACAGCUGGUUUGGCUCUGACCAUCUUUGUGAUGAACUGGUUUCAAGCUGCACAGCCAGCACUGUUAUACAUUGUACCAGCUGUGAUUGGAUUUUUGGCCGUGCAUUGCCUUUGGAACGGCGAUGUAAAACCUUUGCUGGAGUUCGAUGAGUCCAAAUCUAAGGCGUCGGAAGUUAAUGAAGACGACUCCACCGCCGCAGAAAACAAAAAAACUGAGUAAAUCUCUGAGAAUACACAACAGUAGAAGAAAAAAAGACAAUCCUGACUCGUUGGGAAGAUGAGGCACUGAUUUGUUGUUGUAUCAGAUUUUUAUUCUUAAAAAGCACGAGUAAAUAUUUUCUUGCCUCUUAAUUAGUACUCCGUACUACGUAUUUUCCCAACAGCAUUUCAUAUCAUUCUUUUAGCAUUAUUAACUAAUUGCUAGCUUAUUAUUUUAUUUAUCUGCUUUAAAAUGAGGAUAUAAACUACCUGUUGGAACACAUUUUCCCCUAAUAAUUAUGACUUUAAAAUGUUAUAAAAUUCUGGACAAUUUU